UGACUUCUCUCUGACCUUCAAAAACAUAAUAGUCAACGUCCUGAAUUAAAUUCCUCACAAAAAAAGAACAACAAUCCUGAAAUUUCAUAACCUGAAAAUUACAACUCCAUUAGAUUCCGGCCAAACACCGCCUUAUGGCCAUCGCCGACAACAACCACAAACCACAUAAUUCCGACAAAAAACUUUGGAAACUUUGUCCUUUGUGGCAAUCAGGAAAUACUACUUCUUCAUCUACCUCGUCUACACAGAAUCUUCACUCUCAGAAUCAUAGUCAUCAUCAAAACGGUGUUGGAUCUAACGGUUCUCGUGCUUCCACGUCUGUUAGUUCUGUUGCCAGAUCACUUCUUCCGGCUCGGCGUAGGCUUCGGCUUGAUCCAGCUAAUAGUCUCUACUUUCCUUAUGAACCGGGGAAGCAGGUGAAGAGUGCUGUAAAGAUUAAGAACACUAGCAAAUCUUAUGUCGCAUUUAAGUUUCAAACUACUGCACCAAAGAGCUGCUACAUGCGACCUCCUGGAGGCAUUCUGGAACCCGGUGAAAGCAUUAUUGCUACUGUAUUCAAGUUUGUUGAGCACCCUGAGAACAAUGAAAAGCCGGUAGAUCAAAAGAGCAAGGUAAAGUUCAAGAUCAUGAGCUUGAAGGUGAAAGGAGGAGUAGAUUACGUACCUGAGUUGUUUGAAGAACAAAAGGAUCAAGUGACUAUUGAACGUGUCCUACGGGUGGUGUUCUUGGACCCAGAACGCCCUUCUCCAGCACUGGAAAAACUAAAACGCCAGUUAGCUGAAGCUGAGGCAGCAUUAGAAUCUCGCAAGAAACCUCCAGUUGAAACUGGACCAAAAGUUGUGGGUGAAGGUCUAGUAAUAGAUGAAUGGAAGGAGCGAAGGGAGAAGUAUCUGGCUCGGCAGCAAGUUGAGGCCGUUGAUUCAGUGUAAAGCACUUUGCAAGUGCCUCUUUUGCCAAAUUGAAAUGUUAAACCAGAUCCACCCCUUUUCUUCUUUGGUUCUUUUGGAAGACGGUGGAAAAGGGGUGGUGCGGUGCGUCUUGUAAAGAAAAAUAAUCAGUGGAGGUUUAGUUUCUUCUUCAUGGAGUAAAAGCUUGUUAUGUAAUUGCUUGGUUGUUUUCUUGUAGAUAUUGCAUUACUUUUUGCUUAAAACAUAUUCUUUUGGUGCCUUCAAACAUAAAGCAAUACUGCUUGUGUAGCGACAAUGUAUCCAAAUGCUGCUUGUAUGAGUUCUCCAAAGGGAGACAGGAACUAAGAUGUUCCUUAGUAUGGUAGAUUGUUUACAUUUAACUUCA